AUGUCGCUGUUCACCAUCGAGGACAGGUUAUAUACGCACCUCCUCCUUCAUUUUUUAUUAUUCAGAACCCAUUCGGUCUGUUUUCUCUUUGUAUUAACCGUGCCAGCAUCGUUUGGAGACGUGAGCUAUUCUAUUCCAGAGGAGCUAAAACGCGGAUCUGUCAUUGGGAAUAUUGCUAAAGAUCUGGACGUGGAUUUUAAAAGUCUGUUGGACCGCAAGGCCCGUUUAAACGCAGAAGGGAGCAGCAAGCGCUAUUGUGACAUCAAUAUGAAUUCUGGCGAUUUGAUUGUGGCGGAGAGAAUCGACAGAGAUCAGCUUUGCGGCGAGAAGACUGUGUGUAAUUUAAAAUUCGAGCUCAUGCUUGAAAGUCCGUUCGAUUUACACCGUGUUGUUGUGCAGAUUCAGGAUAUAAAUGACAACUCUCCUGGAUUUCCGAAGGAUGUUAUCCGACUAGAAAUAAGAGAAUCUGCUGUUAAAGGAGCUCGUUUUCCUGUGAAUGAGGCCCACGAUGCGGAUAUAGGACAGAACGCGGUACAAAGCUACACACUACAAAGGAAUGAUCAUUUUGUCCUGGCUGUUCAGACGAAUAUAGAUGGUGGAAAAUACGCUGAGUUAGUUUUAGAAAAAGAGCUGGAUCGCGAAGAACAACAAGAGGUUUCAUUAUUACUUACAGCUUCUGACGGAGGGACUCCUCAGAGAUCCGGUACUGUAGUGAUACUCGUCACUGUCCUGGAUGCGAAUGAUAAUAUCCCCGUGUUUAGCCAAGCAGUUUAUGAAGUCACACUGCCUGAAAAUGUUCCUUUAGGUACCCUAGUGGUUACAGUCAGUGCCAGUGAUGCAGACGAGGGAGCCAAUGGCGCGGUGACUUAUGAAUUUAGUCGCAUUUCCAACGAGGCAAAGCAUUUAUUUAGUAUUGAUCGCAAAACUGGGGAAAUUCGAGUAACUGGGCCAAUUGAUUUCGAAGAAGAGUCCAGUUAUGAAAUGCGUAUUGAAGGUAAAGACGGAGCUGGGCUCGCUUCGCAGACCAAAGUAAUUGUCGACAUCACUGACGUGAACGACAAUGCACCGGUGAUAUUUGUUGCCUCAUUGAUUAACUCGGUGCCUGAGAGCGCGCCACCUGGUACAGAGAUUGGUAUCAUAAAUGUUCAAGACCUCGAUUCAGAAGGUAAUCAUCCAGUUCGCUGCUCUAUUCAAGGACAUGUACCUUUUAAAUUAAAGCCUUCUGUCAAAAAAUAUUAUUCGAUUGUUACAACCGGUGAACUGGACCGGGAACUCCAGUCAGAAUACAAUAUUUCACUGACUGCUUCAGACGAGGGCUCCCCACCCCUGUCGUCCUUUAAAAUACUGCAUGUAUCCAUCUCGGAUGUGAAUGACAAUCCACCUGCAUUUGAUAAGCAGUCGUACAGCGCCUAUGUGACUGAAAAUAACAAACCGGGCACCUCUGUUAUUUCUGUGAGGGCGAGAGACCCAGACUGGAGACAGAACGGGACUGUUUUCUAUUCUCUCUUGUCCAGUGAGGUCAGUGGUGUUCCUGUGUCCUCGUUUGUAUCCAUUAAUGGAGACACCGGAGUGAUCCAUGCUGUCAGAUCAUUUGAUUAUGAGCAGUUCAGAAGCUUCAAAGUGCAGGUCGUUGCCAGAGACAACGGCUCUCCUCCACUCAGCAGCAACGUGACAGUGAGUGUGUUCAUAACAGAUGAGAAUGAUAACACUCCACAGAUAUUAUAUCCUGCACCUCUGGGUAACUCCAUGAUGACAGAGAUGGUACCCAAAGCUGCUCAUGCAGGCUCUCUGGUUUCCAAGGUGAUCGCUGUGGAUGCAGACUCUGGACAGAAUGCCUGGCUGUCCUAUCAGAUCCUGAAAUCGACUGAUCCGGGUCUUUUCACCAUUGGUCUCCACAGUGGAGAGAUCAGGGCACAGCGGGACAUUGCUGAAUCUGAUACUAUGAAGCAAAACCUUGUCGUAUCAGUGAAAGAUAAUGGGCAGCCAUCUCUCUCGACAACCUGCGCAGUAUAUUUACUGAUUUCAGAUAAUUUGGCAGAAGUUCCAGAGCUGAAAGAUAUGUCCUAUGACAACAGUUCCAAAUUAACUUCUUAUUUGAUCAUUGCUCUCGUCUCCGUGUGCACCUUCUUCUUGACGUUCAUUGUCCUAAUUGUGGUCGUGAAGUUUUGCCGUAGAAGAAAGCCCAGACUGUUGUUUGACGGCGCAGUGGCCAUCCCCGGCGCAUAUUUCCCUCCCAACUACGCGGAUGUGGACGGAGCAGGAACACUUCGCAGUUCUUACAAUUAUGAUACUUACUUAACGACUGGUUCACGCACAAGCGACUUCAAGUUUGUUCGGUCGUUUAAUGACGGCACGCUGCCCGCUGAUCAGACGCUGAAGAGGAGCCCCCAGGAAACUAGUGAGCUGGGCGAGAUGACAGGGGAUGGAUCAAAAUUCUCCACUCUGGUAAAACUACCGUUCUAA